UCCAAAACUAGGCGUGGUUCAAACUAGGCGUGGUUCAAACUGCCUCGUGGUGUCUUUAGUACUCAAACGGCAUGGCCAUUGUUCCGCUUGCUCGAUUCCAGAGAUCCUCUUCUCUUUGGUUUUUGUCGACCGGCCGCUUCUUUUCUCAUUUCUUUGGCAGAAGGUUCCAAUCUACGUCUCCGGAUCCACUCGUCAAUGUGGACGACUGUCCAGUCAACAGUCACAACGAAUGGGGCCAUCUCGAAGAGAUUAUUGUCGGACGAGUAGAAGGUGCGCGUGUACCGCCGUUUACCUCAGAAGUGAAGGCGACCACAUACGACAAGUGGUGGCCAUUUUACCAAAACCAUGCCGGGGAGUCGUUUCCCUCUCCUCAUCUAGCGAAAGCGGAAGCAGAGGUUGGUGAAUUCUGUAGGGUGCUCGAGCACGAAGGAGUGACGGUCAGGCGACCAGAUCUUCAAGAUCAGUCUUUCGUUUACUCGACACCCGACUUCACUAGCUCGGGCAUGUACUGUGCCAUGCCUCGUGACAUCAUCCUGACCGUCGGUAACGAACUGAUCGAGGCCCCAAUGGCGUGGAGAAGUCGUUUCUUCGAGUACCGUUGCUACCGCAGUCUCAUGAAAGAAUAUUUUCAAAAAGGAGCAAAGUGGACGACAGCUCCAAAACCGUUCAUGUCUGAUGAACUGUAUGACCAUGAUUAUCCUAUCUCAUCGGUCGAAGACCGUCAUUCUCUAGCAGCCGAAGGAAAGUUUGUGACAACAGAGUUUGAGCCAUGCUUUGAUGCAGCCGACUUCAUGAGAUGUGGACGGGAUAUUUUUGCUCAGAGAAGCCAAGUAACAAACAAAUUUGGCAUUGAGUGGUUGCGACGCCAUCUUGGUGACGACUACCGCGUCCACGAGCUGUCCUUCCGCGAUCCCAAUCCCAUGCAUGUCGAUGCCACUCUUCUUGCCAUCCGUCCAGGUAUUGUGUUGUCGAAUCCCGACAGACCAUGUCAUCAGAUCGACAUAUUCGAGAAAGCAGGAUGGAAAGUCGUCCACCCUCCUCAACCAGUCAUGCCCGAUUCUCACCCUCUCUGGAUGUCAUCAAAGUGGCUCUCUAUGAACGUUCUCAUGUUGGAUGAGAAUCGUGUCAUCGUUUCGGCCAAAGAGUAUCCAAUCCACAAGAUGUUUGAAUCUCUCGGUAUCGAGUGCAUCAAAGUCGACUUGAGGUUUGCUAAUUCACUGGGUGGAGGCUUUCAUUGCUGGACAGCGGAUGUGAAGAGAAAGGGUACACUCGAGUCCUAUUUCUAAACAACUUCAUUCUGACUACAAACCCUUGUGGCACUAACAUAUAUCUAACACGUUUGCGUUUGCAUGAUUAUCUAAUGUUCACUAGCUAUUGCUCAUUAUUACUCCUGCUGCUGAAAUUCAUCAAUAUCCUGCUAGCCGAUGACGUAUGUUUUUUUAGCAACUUACAGGCUUCUCAGACUCUAGUUCUAUACACUUCAUGCUCUAGGUGUAUAAGAUGUUGUCUUGCCUUUUCGUACUAUGUUAAUUAAUUAAGUCUUUGCAAUCUGCUUAUCUUGUUUGUUGGUGUUCUAGAGAAAAUAUAUCAACUGGGAAGUUGACCAAGAAA